AGCUUUAAUGAUGCACUUCAGGAAAUACUUAAGCGUUUGUACAAAACAACAAGAAUAGAAAGGGAAGAUGGUAUGAUCAUUCAUCUUAGUCCUCCUCCAAGUUCAGCUCCUAAUCAGUUUAGCGAUUUCCAAGAUAUUAUCCAUCCAAACUUGUUAGAAAUAUUUUGUGCUGUUGAAAGUCCACAAUCCAUUUUUCUGAUUUGCGAAAAAAAUGUUUCUACCCUGAAAGACUGCUUAAUGUUUAGCCCAUUUGUUUUAAGUGGUUCAACUAUUCGACCAUUAUUUGUGGUAUAUCAACUUCUUCAAGCAUUGUGUUCAGUUCAUAAUUCUGGGUUGUUCAUGGGUCCAAUUACACUGUCCUCCAUUAGCAUUAAAGAAAAUUUAUGGAUACAAGUUAUGCCAUUAACUUGUUUACAUCUUGACUCUGACAAAACUACUUCUGAGCAAUAUUUUGUUGCAAGUGACAGACAUCUUACUGACGGUGAAUGUUCGGAUAAUAAAGAUGAUUCAGUAAUUUCAUCGAGCCUUACUUUUAAGCCUGCUGAUCAAAAUAGAGAGGGAGACUGUUCUUAUCAUGAAUUGACCCUGGCUUCAUUGGUACAAGAUUGGGUGAAUGGCAUUAUUAGUAAUUAUGAUUACUUAAUUGCGUUGAAUAAGCUAGCUGGAAGGGAGAAAGAUAAUCCUCAUUCUCAUUAUGUAAUGCCAUGGAUCAUGGACUUUUCUGUGCCAGAUGGUGGCUGGCGGGAUCUCUCAAAAUCAAAGUUUAGAUUGAACAAAGGUGACAAGCAAUUAGAUUUAAUCUAUGAAUCUGCUACAGAAAUAACCGGAACUAAUUUAUCUUGUAGCUCUGCAAGUAUUCCUCAAGAUUCUGCUGUUAUGGUUGCUCAUCACACAUCUGAAGUUCUUGCAGAUAUUACUUACUAUGUAUAUAAAGCUCGAAGAAUGCCCAAAUCAUUUUUAUGCCAUCAUGUAAGACAAAAAUGGGUACCUGCAGAGUAUCCAGCCACAAUAGAACGACUUCAGGAAUGGACACCAGAUGAAUGCAUUCCAGAGUUUUUUUCUGAUCCUACAAUAUUUUAUUCCAUUCAUCCUGAUUUGAGUGACCUUGGUGUUCCUUCAUGGUGCAAAAGUCCUGAAGAUUUUAUUAAGAAACACAGAGAAGCUUUAGAAGGUUACCAUGUUUCAGAGAGACUUCAUCACUGGAUUGAUCUUGUUUUUGGCUAUAAACUUACAGGUCCUGCUGCUGUUAAAUCCAAAAAUGUUUGUCUGCCAUUAGUGGAUCACCAUACAUCUAUUCGUAACUAUGGAAUGGUUCAGCUCUUCUCUCAUCCCCAUCCUCAUAAAUUAAAUAAAUGUAUUUUCUCAAGAAGCAUUGCUCCAAAGACUUUUCGAAACAUUGUCUUUAAGGUCUCAGAUACCAAAGAUAGUGGUGAUGAUGAGACGUCUUCAGAAAGCAUAGGCAAAUCUGGAUUUUUGAAAAGCUUGCGGUCAAAAUCAUUAGUCCUUCCAGAUAAUGCUCGACAUGAGCCGAGGCCAGAAAACCAAACAAUUGUAUUACCUAAAGAUUUUAAUCCUUUAGCAACCCUAUCUCAUUUUGAAUCUCUGUUUACAUUCUUGUGCUGGGCAGGUGGAGGGAAAGUUGGAAGAGAUGAAACUAAUAGCCAACAUAGUGCUAGUGAAAAAAUGACAUUUUAUAACCAGGUUAAAGAUUUACUAGUGCUAGGAUGUCUCAUUAGUGAAAUAGCUGUUGCAUCUUACUGCAAAACAUUGCCUGAAAAUGCAGUACUAGAAGAAAGAUAUAAUAAUAUUUUGAAGCUGUUAAGACUACAUAAACAAGAUGUACCGAGGUCUUUUCAAAAAGUUAUCCAGCUUCUUUUGCAAGUCGACUCCUCAUAUCAUCAAGAAUAUGAGGAAAUCACACCUGUUCCAUCACGUUAUCCACCAGUGUCUGCAUGUGGUCUUCCUCUUCCAUCUGCGCAUCAGUUACUUUUAUCCCAUGUUCAUACAAUACCAUUUCCACAUUACUUUCCUGAUUUGUAUUUGUUUCUCCUGAAACUUAAUCAGUUUACUGCUGAGAUUAAUUUGUUAUCAGAAAUCACUGAUGAGAAUGGAGAGAACAGGAAAAAAAUAGAAAAUCUUGCUGAAAAAAUGGUUGAAUACGCUGCUGAACAACUAAAGGUAUUAUUACCUUUGUUAAAUGUUGAAGGCAUUGAAUUGCUGACUCCAUACCUCCAAGAAAUUUUUGAAAAUCGUCACACUGCUUUACUUGCUACCUGGCAUCUCUUUGGAAUGGUUUCUCAAGCAUUAGGCCCUCAGCAAACAUGUAGCAAAUUACUCACACGGUUAACUAAAGUUUUUGAUACUGACAAACCUUCACCAAAGCAUCUGAAACUGUAUCAUCGAACAUUUCUCUUGCAAAUUAUUGUAGGCCUAGGCUUACAUAAUUUUCUAAUACAUUUUACCACAAUAUUAAUUGAAGCUAUUGGUGGAUGUAAGGAUUAUUCAUCAAAAAAUUCUGAAAGUGACUACAUUUAUAUGCAGAACACUUUUGAGCCUGAUGUCAGUAAGUUAGAACACAUGGCUGAAGAUUUAGAUGAGUGCAUUAUUGAUGACGGAGACGGAACAUAUGAUACUGCCUUUAGACAGUUAAACUCAUCUCAGGAAACCCUAAAUGUUCAGUCUGAAAUAAACAAUGAUGAAGAUAAUGAAAUUUUUGAUUUAGAUGUGAAUGAAGAG